GGAAGAAGUUGCUAAAAUUUUUAGAACCUCUUUGUCUCAGUGUAUGAAGGUCGUGAGAUGACGAUGUUGUUCUUUUAUCGCGCUCCUUCCUGGCACACUUUGAUGCUGUAUGCGAGACGAGAGUUGAUGCGGAGUAGGAGGGUUUUGCCUCUCAAAUAAACAACGUCAGCAAACAUGAAGCAAAGUCUGUGAGAUCCAUCUGCUGGAAAGAAGAGGUAAAGGACAAAAAGGUUUUUGUCGUGGACGUGGUCGAGAGAUGUAGCGCUUAGCACAAGAUUUCCAUGAACAUUCGGCAUCGAGGACGUCGUAGACUUCGGGUUGAUAAGUGAAUAAAAAAGAUAUUGGCUCGACUUCACAACUCGAUGUCCUUGAUGGAAUUCGUUUAUAACAGACGUGAUCGAGGAGCUCGAGGACGAAGACAAAGAGCGAGAACGAUUAGAUGUUCCACGGCGUAAUAGGAAAUGGAACCUGUCGUUCUCGUCAUUUGUAGAAAUUCUGUUUCCACACCCACAUCCACCAGUAAGGUAAAAAGUACAAGAAGAAGCUGGUAGCGUUAGACUUAGAGAUUGAAUCUUGUUUUGUUUCCUUUCGUCUGUGCAUCCUGGAACUACAAAAUGGGUGCCUCGCCGUCCACGCCUAAAAUGGGAGCCUUCUCCUGGUGGCCUUCGUCUUCGUCUUCGUCUUCGCUAGACGGCUUGAAGAAGGCACUUCCCCGCAUUGCCAGAGCUGCGCGCAUUUUGCUCUAUCAGCACCAGGCUCGUAUCCACAGUCAUCCAUUUUUGAGUAUUGUAGACAAGCCAGACCAUGACCAAUCCUUCCUCUGGCCGAUGUUCCUAGAAGCAGUAGCGCAACAUCCUGUCCCGGACCCGGUUGAAAAAGACGCCUUGAAAAAACUCGAGGAUAGAAUCCUUGAAAAACUAUCACCACCUCGUGGUGUUAAGUUACCUAACCCGAAGCUUGUCCUCGCUCUAAGUCCCUGGGUGAGGAAGAAAGGGUCAGAUUUAUGGUCAGCUUUUUUCUAUUCAUCUCUCUGUCUCUACAUGAUCUUGGCACCCUCUCGUUAGGAUAGAGUCCAAGGGCUGGAGAGAUACCAAGAUUGAGGGACCGGGAUAAGUUCAAGCACUCUCUAACCCAUGUGACAGACGACGAACAGUAUGGUUUGCUGAAGCUAGAACCAGAAGAAGUAAUACAUGUGCGUCGACUACAGUUUCAGGUUCAGGAGCCAGAAAAUGAAAUCCUCGCCAGCGAAGUUGUGUUCGAUAUUACAAUUGUACCCGAUAGCGAGGACCAGGAGCAGGAUAAGAAUGGCCUCAAGCCUUUUCAAAUGCUGAUAUCGAAUCCAACUAGCGAUGCGCUGGAUUGGACCUCGAGAACCUUUAGAGAAAAGAUUAGAUUCCAGGAUGAGGAAGCGCAAGCGAGUUUCUCGCAGCUUCACGUCGCUCCUAGCGAACAGGGAAGGUAAGCUUCUUGUCUUAUAUUAAGUGUGUUCAUCAGCUUAUGAAUAUUUAUGCUAUUGCCACUCUUUUUCUUUUGUUUUGAUAUAGCUUAUUCUAUUUUCCUUCAACAUUGUUAUCACCUUCAACUUCGAAGGAGGAUUCUAUAGAUACUUCUUUUGAUAUUGGCAUUGUUAUACUCAUGAUCUUGAUCUUCAUGAUUUUCCUAAGUAUAAUUUACGUCCAAAAUUCCACACAGCAGUGUUGCCGUCGGUGGGGGGGCAGCCACAACGACAACUAACGCGUUUUAUCUGCAGAGCGAUGCGCAUGAGCUAGAGGCAUCCCGAUUGUUGCACGGUGCAGGUACUAUAACUGACGCUAAGGGAUCUCGAUCUCCAGACUAUGAUAAAACUCAGCAAAUGAAAAUGUGUAAUCUUUCUUACCCCAUAGCAUAGUACCCGAUGAACCAAUAACACUCUAGUUUCGAGAAUAUUGUAUAGACUAGUGAGCUGUUGUUUUUUGAUGUACUAGUUGACGACUGUGCAAAGAACAAGAUCAGUCUUCCUCCCCUUUGAGUUGACGAAAUUCUACGUCAACUCCAACCUCAACGCAAAUUAAUUGCACAACAAAAAAAUUACAACAGAACGCCACACUUGCAGCAAUAUGCAGAAUACUGGCUUUGCGGCACGUCUGAUGCAGGACCAUGCGCUUGCCUCAGGGUUUUGCGUUUUUUUCACCAUUAUCACGCUGCUAGUGGUUUUUUUCGUGCGUCGCUGCCGCUCUCAGAUGCACAAACGCAACAGCGCGGACGAAGUCGCCGACGCCUUGGAAGCCGGGAACUACGGCUCCACCGAACAGGAUGCGGCUACGCCGCAGUAA